CCAGCCCAGGCCCAGCCCCCGCCGGCAUUGUUUUGAUUGAAGAUUUGAAUUUUGGUCUCUGAUCUUGGCAGAUUAUUUGUCAUUUUAAGCUGCAGAUUUUGGACUUGUUUGCAUCUGGAAAGAAGAUAAAUUGAUCGUUCGCUAUGGCGAACACUUCUAAGCCGAAUUCCUCGCAAGACCUGAUGCAGGAGUUGCGGAAUUUCCUGUCAGGCUCCAGGUCUUCGGCCAAAGCCAACCACGUCGAGCUCACCCGAACGGCCCUCAACCUUCUCAAAUCUCUGCCUGCGUCCAGAGACGCAGUCCUUGAGUACUUUUGCACCGUGAUGGACAUUUCCGUCACCCGCUAUGUCGCACAGCUUGAGGUUGAGCGAAAUGGGCAACAGCAGCAACAACAAAAUCAUCCAAGCAGCCCUACUUUUCCUGAGGAGAGCACCGUCACAGAGAUUCACUCGGUCCUCUGCAACUUUGUCACAACAAACCCAGAAGCUUGGGCUCCAAUUAUUUCUAAGUGGUCACUAGAACUUCUCGGUAACCUUUCUAGCAAAUACGCUGGAAAAGGUCUUGGUAUGGCUGGUGGCCUUAGUGAAUCCCUACAGCUGUGGAUGUCUUGCCGUGCAACGAGGACACUAAUGGACAUAACUACCCAGUGUUUAGCUUGUCUCAUGAACUCGGAUACUGAAUCCUGCAUCAAUUCUCUCCUUGACGUCAGUGUAACUCACAGUCCUCAUUUUGAUUGGGUGGUGGCUCACGUUGGAAGCUGUUUUCCAAAGACUGUAGUCACAAGAGUUUUAUCUUGUGGUUUGAAAGACUUUUAUGUGCAAGGCUCAGAAUCGAACACACAAAGAGGUCGUGGCUUCAUUGCAGGACAUUUUGACCCUCAGGCCUCGAAACUAAACUCUGUGGUUGGUAUUCUUGCUCACUUGGCCAGCAGCCACUUCGGAGACAUAAGAGCAGCCCUUUUGGAUUUGUUUAAAUGGAGCCUAAGUGACGAGGAUCCUGAGGACCCUUUAAAGUUAGCAACUGUUCCGUACCUUCUUCACCUGGCAUCUUUAAACUCCAUUUUAUUUAAAGCUCUCAGUGCUGAGGCCCUUCAAUCAUUGAACUGCAAAAUGCUUCCAAAGCUUGCAAAACUUGCUCCUUCAUGGUGCACAUACUUCGGAGGUGGCACUGCUUUGCAAGAUUUAAUUGUCCAUCUUGCCCUGGGAUGUGAACAGGGUGGGGCUCAGGCAUUUUCAUUGCUCUUGGAUGCUGCUGGCCCUGAAGGUGGCUUGACAACUGAGGAAAGAAACACAUGUACAGAAACUCUAGAAUUAUUCCUGCAAGAAGUUAGUCUGAUGGUGCGGACGGUUGAGAUCGGGCAGCCACCAAUCCAGUUGGCAAUGUGCAUUAGAAAAGAGCUCAACACCCUGCAACCCCUUCUCCUCAGCUCGGAUGGAUUAAGAGCCCAUGCAACCCUUCGCCUCAUUUCACUAAUGGGCCAUCACUCGUCCGCUGUCCCCUUGCUGGCAAUUGCCUUCCUCUUGGCCAACGCCACCGAAGACUACCACCUGGGAGCUAUUCUGGCCAUGUGUGAGGAGACAAAGUCGACGCAGCCAAAUCUAUUGGCCGAUGCUCUGGAGCAGGAGUUGCGGUGUCCGGAGAACAAAAACCACAAAACCCUUUGGCGGAAUUUGGCCACCCUGCUCAGAUUUGAGUCCGAGUCUAGAUCAGGUCCAGUCCUCCAGGCCGCUAAGCGAUGUUUCCCAUCUAUUGCCGAAGCUGUCAGAGAUGGAAACUCGGACGCAGCUGAAGUUUUGGAAUUGGCCCUACCAGCUCCUGCAGGUGUCGAAAUUUCACUACAGUUGACUCGGGCCACCAUCACCUACUUCUUCCACAGUUUAGAAGAGCCCGAAGACGUUGUCCGCUUGCUUAGUGGACGCAGAGCCAUCAGACUUUUAUCAAAACUGUGCUGUGUGUCCCUCUCAGCAAGAGCUUUGGCACUAAGAGAGUUACUAGAAGGCGCCAUUCACAAAUCGCAAGCUCGACUUUUUGGAGCAAUCACCACUCGUACUGAAAAGCCUGGCUCAGUGUUGACAUCUUCAGAACCAACCCUUUUGAAGGACAAUCAGAAACAGUCAGUCAGUGUUUUACUUCCGCAAAGAAACUCGACCGUUUUCCACGCCGGAAUAAUCGGCACUGGGCCGAGAAGAACUAUCUCCUACCCUGUUCCUCCGUCGGCCCAAGUUUUCAGCAACUCGCAACUUUUGAUUGAGGCGUGCAAAGCGUGUUGCAGUGUGGACGGCAACCUGGACAAUCCGCCUAAUCCAGAGGCCAUGGCCGACCUGGCCCUGAUAUUGGUGGAACUGAUCUCUCCAGACGUCAUGUACAAUGGUCUGCCCUGGCCGGAGGAGGAAUUCUGCAAAGUGACUGUCGAACGGGACCAGCACAUCCGCAGGAUAAUGGACGACAAGCCCGUCGUGUGGGCCCUUUUGAGACUUGUGGCCACAGAGAGACCUGCCCUUUGCUACUGUUCGGUUCUCCUCAGGGCGUACGCGGCCUCCCUCAUGGGACAGUGGGGCUGCACCCCAGGCUCCCGGCCACCAAAGUUGGUCAGCCAAACGCAACAGCUGCUCGAUCUUCUCUUGCUCGGACAACUCAUUCCACUUUCCCUUGCCACUUCAAGACACAUGAUUCCCACCAUCAAUCCUGCUCAGGUGUUGAUGUUGAUGAGAGACGUGUGGAAUUACUUAAAAGACAACGUCCCGGCCCCUCAUUUGUUCAAACGAGACUCAAAAGGAGAAGUGGCUUGGAGAGAAAAAAUGCCGGAAGAAUCUCCAUAUUCGGAGACUCUGCGUCUCAUUAUGCAGUCGCACCUGGAGACUCUUGGUGGUUUAUAUGCACAGGUGUUUGUCAAGCCUCAGCUUGGUGAUUUGUUUUCCAAGCCUGUUGAUAAGUAGUAGUUUUGCACUUUGUAUGCUGUGAAUACAAAUUAAUAUCUUUUUUGCAA